AUGUACAAUUGUUGGGAUGUCGGAUGUAGUUAUCGGGAUAUUGGACAUCACCGUAUUUACUCCUACGAUUUGCUCUUGGGAUUAACGAAUGAAUGGUUUCGUCAUUCGGGUUUUAGAUAUUGGAACUUAUUA